AUGAAGAUCUCAGCCGCCAGCCUGGCGCCGCUGCUGGCGCUGCUCCUCGCGGGAGGGGCGCUCGGCCAGGGGGACCAGAAGGAGGCCCUGACGGCCACGUGCGUGCUGGCCAACGGCCCCGCGGAGGGCAUCAUCGUGUUCACGGAGAAGGCCGGGAGCGGAUUUGUUACGGUCGAAGGCUUUGUGAGGGGCCUGGGGUCCAACGCCAAGCACGGGUUCCACGUGCACGGUCUGCCCAUCACCGACGGGAACUGCAGCUCCACGGGCGGCCAUUUCAACCCCUUCAACGCCACCCACGGCUCCCCCAGGUCUUUGGAGCGCCAUGUCGGUGACCUUGGGAACAUCUCCAGCGACAAAUACGGAGUUUCCAAGGUCAAAAUCUUCGACAAGAUCAUCUCCCUGAGUUCCUCCGAAGUUUCCAUUAUCGGCAAGUCCAUUGUUGUCCACGCUGGUGAAGAUGACCUUGGACGAGGUGGGGAUGAGGGCUCGCUGGUCACUGGAAACGCUGGAGCAAGGAUUGGCUGCUGCAUGAUCGAGAAGGAAGAAGCGAUGUAG